UGCUUAGUACAGGUGGCGCUCGACACUCGCUCUCACCCACCUGAGUAGGCGAGCGCCAGCAGUCUGCUGCGCGCAACAUCGCCACCCAUUCCAAAGUAACCAACCGCCUGGCAGGAAGCCAGCUGUUCAGUCGAGAAAAAGAAGGAAGGGGCGUCGGUGUAUCGCGGACAGCUGACGUUCCCAUUUUGAGCGGACUAUAGGUAAACCAAGAACUCUUACAACAGUAAAGGCUCAGAUUCUCUGAAUUAAUGUCCUGGGUUACGCGCUUGACCAGUCACCCCCCCUCGCCGACUGUCGCUUUAAACUCAUCAUUAGUUGCCUUUUUCCCCGCCGCGCACCAUGCGAGGGGAGUCGCACCCUGUGCCAUGCUGAACAACUCCCUGAAUGUUCUGCUGGCGCUGAGCUGUGUCGCCGUACUACUCCAGUUUUCCAACGGCUGGAGUGACGAGGAUCUUCUACUCCCUCCUGUCAACUCCACUAACAGAUUUUUGGCGAACUUGGGGGUGGACGUGCGUUACGCCAAACGAUCUGUGGAAGAGACAGAAGCCUCCUCGGAGACUUCGCCCCAGCUGCUGCCUCAGUGUAACGUCAGCGUACAAAGGCUUUUCCCCACUUCACUCGUGGCACGGUGGGGUAGCAAUUUUGGGUUCCAGUGUGAUGUACUUAUUUACACCACCAACAACCACGGCAGGGCGUUUUUCUCUGCUGCUUUCAACCGCGCCAUCUCACCUGUUGUCAUCGAACACAUUGGAGUUACCGGAGGACAGCAGGAAUUCCGACUGUGUGUUGGAUGUGGCAUGGCGAGAUAUAGGAGGUUUGGGCAGGGAAAUUCGAGAGGGCAGCAAACGGGCGACCCCAUCAACUUUUGCUGUAUAGACUUCGGCCUCGAAGAACUGAAGGGGGAUAAGAGUUGGAGGUUAAACCGCAAACCCAUCGAGUCAACCCUCGUUGCCUGUUUCAUGACAUUAGUUAUUAUAGUGUGGAGCGUUGCCGCCCUCAUAUGGCCAGUGCCUAUUAUUGCAGGAUUUCUACCCAACGGAAUGGAACAGAGGCGCUCAAGAUAGGAGAGAGGAAUACAAUAGUCUGGCCAACGUCGGAAAAUAUCAUCCUUUAGCCCCACCGAUUGAUUUGACAAAUGUGGUAGUUUUUCCAAACAUGUGGUAUACUUUUGAUCAAAAAGUGUUUGCUGUGUUUCCAAGUUAGUAAAAGCUGUUACUUUGUUGCUGUUCGCAGUUCCGUUUGUAUAGCCUAUUAUGGUCUAUUUUGAUUCGGAUUUAUUUUAUAAAUCUACAUUUCUUAGAAUUAUCAUUAUGUGAUAUUCAGCUGUCACUAUAAUGUUUGUAUCGUUUUUAUAUAUUUGUAGAAUUUUUGCUUAUGAAUAUAGCGUUUAAAUAUAUAAAGGCAUACUUUGUCUCAGAUAAUGUAUUUUGAGAUGCUCUGCAUGUGGGUUCUAUAUAUGGGCAAUAUUUUUCUUCCUUCAUGUUACUGAGACUGCUAGGUUUUGUAUCUGUGAGAUAGCCAUAAAUAUUUAACAUUGACCUUGGUGUUUUCCACCAUUUACACUGGUCAGAUGAACAGAAUUGAGAUUUAAGAGAAUUAACAGGACAUUUAUUUGUAAUCAUUUGUAUGAAAUUGAGAUAAAAAUAAAAGUUACUGUAUGUCA